UGAUGUAAGGUGGCUUUAGCGAGGAGGUUAUGCCGUAGGAUGUAUUUUACUGAGGAUGUGAAAAUUGGGAUGCGUGCCAGUUUGGAUUUGCCUCCAACUGACCGAUUAAGUUAUCUGUAGUGGUUUAGUCUGUCGUGCAGGCGAGUCGAGCGUGUAGUCCGGAUUUUCGAGCAGUUGGGCGCAGCGCGCUGCCGAUUUAUAUCCGGAGCGCUCGCUGCCAGAAUUCCGGUGCGCCGCGAUAGCGCGAACGAACCGGGAAAACCAUGUCACAAGACAGAACGCGUUGAGACGAACGCGGCGCUUGUUUGAGAAGGCGACGGGCCAGCGUGUUCACUGCAGCAGCGAUUGCGCGAGUUUGCGCCUCCAGCACAUGACCUGCGGCUGCACGCGGAGGCAAGAAUCGAGAAAUGGCCAAAAGCAGACCCUCUGGAUUAGCAGCCAUCACUUCAAGUGACAUCCCGGCUGCUCCGGAAACGAGCGACGCUGCGCCUUCAGGCGAUCCAGCCACCACGAAUGACGACACAGAGAACCCUGGCUCCACCAAUGCAGCACAACCAACGCCUCAACGACAACGCAAACUCAAGGGUGAAGGACCGCACGUCUGUCACGUGUGUAAGAAGACGUUCGCCCGCAGGUCAUGCGUCCAACGACACUUGAAGACUACGCAUGAGGGCGAAAGGCCAUACCAGUGCCCCAUCUGCGAAAGGAGGUUCGGCCAGAAGGUGUCACUCACGUGGCACCAACAGACACACACGGGCGAAAAACAGUACGAGUGUUCCGUGUGCAAAGGCAAAUUCGCGUCUAAGAAGUCCCUCAGUGCGCACCAGCUGACACACACCGGUGCGAGGCCGUACAAAUGCCCCAACUGUCCGGCCGCGUUCGCCAGGAACGACACAUUGACCUGUCACCUGCUGACGCACACUGGAGAGCGACCACACAAAUGCGACGCGUGUGGUGCAACGUUUUCCGACAAGGCGGCGCUCAGGCGUCACCGCCUCAUUCACGUGCGUCAGGAGGUGGCCUCCGCAUUUGCAUCGGCACGCCAUUCCGAUCUCAAAGUCCACGGUCAAGCACCCGUCGCCUCAGAUCACCCACGCUUGUCUGAAACUUCUUCCCCCCUUAUCACUCCACAGGAGGGCGACAAUCAUGACGAACAGAUGCAUGAGAACGAGAAGUACCCUUACCACUGCCGUCCGUGCGGCAGGAACUUCGUUCGGAGGGAAACGCUCGCUAGUCACAUCAAACAACACUCCGGCGGAAAGGUGCAUGCCUGCAGUGACUGCCCAGUCACGUUCGCUCAUAAGAGCCACCUGGACCGACACAAGCUUCAGCACACCGGCAUGAAACCCUACGAAUGCAAUGUGUGUGGUCAAAGGUUCACUCGGCCCUGGGGCCUGUCGCGUCACUUGCGAGAUGUUUGCUUUGCUAGGGAGAAAACUGCAAUAGGGGCGCAGGUGACUGACGAGGCUUCACUGAGCCGCCACCAUAUCCCGGCAUCGUCCGAAGAUGAUGGAAACACUGCUUUAGGACUUCGUCUGUUCUACUUGGAGAUGGCUGGUAAGACUUCACCAAGUAGCCGCCAGACGCCACCACCAUCUGAAGGUGACGAUAACACUGCUUUAGGGCUUGCCCUGUUCCACUGUGAGGUGGCUAUGAAGGCUUCGCCUAGUGAACGCCAGACACCACCGCUAUCAGAAGGCGAGGAUAACACCGCUCUAGGACUUGAUCUGUUACACUAUGAGGUGGCUGACAAGGAUUCCCCUAAUGGCCGCCAAACACUACCACCAUCCGAAGACGACGGAAACACUGCUUUAGGACUUGAACUGUUCUACUGUAAUGGGGCUGGCAAGGCUUCGCCGAGUAGCCGCCAAACACUACCACCAUCCGAAGACGACGGAAACACUGCUUUAGGACUUGAACUGUUCCACUCUGAGGUGGCUGGCAAGGUUUCGCCGAGUGGCCGCCAAACGCUACCACCAUCCGAAGACGACGGAAACACUGCUUUAGGACUUGAGCUGUUCCACUGUGAGAUGGCUGGAGAGGCUUCACCGAGCAGCCGUUGGUUAAAUGCCGCUACCGAUCGACAGCGAUGGAAACAUCGCUUUAGAACUCUAUCUGUUCCACUGUGGCGUGGCUGGCAAGGCUUUGCCAAGUGGCCGCCAAAUGCUACCACCAUCCGAAUACAACGGAAACGCCGCUUCAGGACUUGAACUGUUCCACUGUGGUGUUGCUUGAGAGACUUCGCCAAGUGCCAACAAGACACCACCACCAUCUGAUGGCGAUAGAAACACCGCUUUAUGACUUAUCUAUUCUACUGUGUUGUGACUGGAGAGCCUUCGCCGAGCAGCUGUUAAAUGCCAUCACUGAUUGACGGUGAUGGAAACACCGCUUUAGGACUUGAAUUGUUCCGCUGUGAGGUGGCAGGCAAAGCUUCGCUGAAUGGCCGCCAGACGCCACCACCACCCAACGUCGAUGGAAAGACAGGUUCACAAUUUGGUCCGUCCUUUUCUGAACCGACCAGCGUAUCCUUCAAGAAGAUGGCUAUCAAGCUUUCACUGAAGAGCCAUGAGACAUCUCUAUCAUCCGAAGCUGACUGAGGCCGGUUGAGGACUUGGUACGUUCCAUAUGGGUCGAUGGGCGCAUUCAUGUUGGCGACGUGGCUCGACGUGCGAGAUUGUGGGCAGAGAGAAAUUAGUUGUGUUGGCAAGUUUGUUGCUGAUUUAUGGUCGGCAAAGUUAUACCUAUAUUUGCAGGUUCAAGCAAACGCCCACUUUGCACAAAAUACUGACACUGGACAGAAUGUCUUCCAUUCAUUGCAGUGACGAAUGAACCAGCCAAGCAUCAUGUCUAAAUUAUACUUCUAUUACUGAAUAUGUUGUGAAAAGUUUAUAAGAACUUGCGCUGAAUACAUAUUCAUAGGAGUCCUUUAUAUAAGUUCAGUGCCCUGUUUAUUUAGGGAAAUUCAUGAAAUGCUAGUGCAUCUUCCUUUUUCUUUGAUAAUCUUUUCAUGUAUUUAUUACACAGAUAUGCUUGAAACUGUAUGUUCAGUCAAGCCCGGAUGAGCAUUAAAAUAUUUAUUCUGCAGAGUAGGGCCGUUCGGUCUGAAUAAUGUGCGAUCAUUAAAUUCAAAUGAACGCUAUGCGUGAGAAGACUGACUUGUUUAAAAUAGGCUUUGUAGUUGUCAAGUUAUCAAAUCAAAUCAAAUUUUAUUUCACAUCCAAUACAUGAUGUAGGCGGCACAGACAAAAAGCCAAAAUUAAUUCAGCUUGACAGGGGUCUGCGCCCCUUUCAAAAUUGUGUAAAAGUAAAGAAAACAAGAAUUAGCAACAGCAAUCAGGCAUUGUACAGUUGCAGGAGAGAAGUCUAAAUAUACACAAUGAAAAAAGUGUAGUUCAAGCAAUGUAAUACAGGGAAAAUCAUCAUUGUUCCAGAACUGUAAGGAAUGAAGUAGAUAAUCAGAAACCAAGUGAAUUUAACAAGGAUGGUAAUGGAGUGGGAGAGUAGCUGUGUUCCGUAAUUUGUGCGUGUGCGGGUUAUGAACCAAGUCGCAUUAUGACGAGUGUUGUAUUUUUUAAUAUUCUUGCGUAAGCUAGAUAGGUGCUCAAUAAAGUGACCCCCUUGCUUUCUUUCUGU